AUGCACCAAGGAAACCAAACUAUCUCCGAAUUUUUCCUCCUGGGACUCGUGGUGGCAUCUGAACAGCAGCAGCUCAUCUUUAUGCUGUUUCUGUGCAUGUAUCUGGUUACCAUGGUGGGAAACUUAUUUAUCAUCCUGGCUAUUAUCAAUGAUGUUCACCUCCACAGCCCCAUGUACUUCUUCCUUGCCAAUCUAUCCUUUACUGACAUCUGCUUCACAACCACUACAAUCCUCAAAAUGUUGGCAGACAUCCAAAGCCAGAGCCCAACCAUCUCUUUUACAGGAUGCCUUACACAAAUGUACUUUUUUAUGCUGCUGGUAGACCUGGACAAUUUCCUCUUGGCAGCCAUGGCUUAUGACCGGUACAUUGCCAUCUGUUGCCCAUUACACUAUGCUGCAUUACUGAGUCCCAAGCGUUGUGCCAUGUUGGUAUUGACUCCAUGGAUCAUCUCCAAUCUUGUCUCAGUACUGCAUCUCAGUCUACUGGGCCUCUUGAAUUUCUGUGAUCAGAGAGAAAUCCCACAUUUCUUCUGUGACCUGGAACCCAUUUUAAGGCUUGCUUGUUCAGACACCCACAUCAAUGACUUGACAAUCCUAGUCUUUGGGGGAGCAGUUAUCUUCACCCCAUUCGUCUUCAUUUUUGUCUCCUAUGCCCUUAUUGGUUGCACCAUACUUAGGAUUCCUUCAGCCAAGAGGAAGUGGAAAACAUUUUCCACUUGUGGAUCCCGUUUCUCAGGUGGCUCCAUUGUUGGGGUCUAUUUUCUCCCCUCUUCUGCCGACUCAGCAGAUAGGGAUAAGGUGUCUGCCAUUAUAUAUACAGUUGUAACUCCCAUGAUGAACCCCUUCAUCUAUAGUCUAAGGAACAAGGACAUGAAAAGAGCACUGAGGAGACUACUCAGCAGAAAAACCUAUUUCUGGAGAUGGUGA